AAGAGGAAGCUUGCAGGAACGUUCAUGUGGCAACACGAGACACGUGCGAGCCAACUUGUCCAAUUUCUCCACGACGCUCCAGCCAAUCUGGGCAACGCCGGAAGCAUCCAACGGCACCGGACCGGGUAGCUUGGGAAGAAAGCACUCCCAAGCUCAACCUCUCUAUAAGUAUGUAUGUGCAGUGCACAGAAAAAAGUAUCAUAGCAUACACUAGAAUCCAUCUCCUGGCUUCAAUCAACCCACAGGGCUAAGCACUACGCGUCGAGAGGGAGAUGGCGAAUCUGUUCCUGAAGCAGGCGAAGCACUAUGCGGCGGCGCGGCCGGACUACCCGGCCGAGCUCUUCCAGUUCAUCGCCUCCAAGACGGCGCGCCAUGACCUCGCGUGGGACGUCGGCACCGGCAGCGGCCAGGCCGCAGUCUCGCUGGCGAAGCUGUACAAGAAGGUGGUGGGCACGGACACGAGCGCGCAGCAGCUGGCCUACGCGCCGGCCCUCCCCAACGUGCGGUACGCCCACACACCGGCGGACCUGCCGCUCGAGGGCAUCCACGCGGCCGUCGCGCCGCCGGGCUCCGUCGACGUGGUCACCGUGGCGCAGGCAUUCCACUGGCUCGACCUGCCGCGCUUCUACGCGCAGACGCGCUCCCUCCUGCGCGCGCACGGCGUACUGGCCGCAUGGUGCUACACGGAGCCCCGCGUGGGCGCGGCCGUCGACGCCGUCUUCUGGCGCCUCUACAACGGCUCGCAGCCGCACUGGGCGCCCAACCGGAAGAUGGUCGACGACGAGUACCGCAGCGCCGACUUCCCCUUCGACCCCGUCGACGGGGAGGAUCACACGGGCCCCUUCGAGUUCUCCACGGAGCGCAGCAUGGACCUUGACGACUACUUCACCUACAUCAAGUCUUGGUCCGCGUACCAGACCGCCAAGGACAAUGGCGUCGAGCUGCUCGACGAGGACACCGUGCGGGCGUUCGCUGACGCGUGGGGCGACGACCGUGGGGAGGUCAAGACGGUGAGGUACCCCAUCUUCCUCAGGAUCGGCAAGGUGAGGCCGGAAUCAACGGAUGCGGCAUGAUGAUGCGAGUGGCCUUGAGGAAAGGAUGCUGUCGAGUCUGCUCGCACCAAUACGCCGCACUGAGGAUGCUGCUGGGAUAUGAAUAAGAUGUUUUUGGGUCCCUCAUGGUCCCAUUCCAUAUUCAGUUUUAUGAAAUAUGGUAUUGUUAAUAGAAUUUCCAGUCUCA